GAAUUAUCUCAUGGAACGAGACACCGCUGCUCAUGAUUUGGCUGAGGUACGAAAGCUUAUCGAUAGCAUGAACUCUUUAGUUAAUCAGCAACAACAACAACAACAAAAACAACAAGAAUUUGAAAGACAACAAGAACUUGAAAGACGACAAGAACUUGAGAAGCAAGAACUUGAGAAACAAGAACUUGAGAAACCUAGGAUGCAACAACAACAAGAAUACCCAAAUAGCUCCAUAAGUAAACCUUCCUCAUCGCCUCCCACCCCAGCAUUCAACGACACCAACAAACUACCAGCCUUCACUCCUGACAAUGCUGCUGCUUUUCUUGCUGCCAUGGCCGCUGCUGCUGCUGCUGCUGCUUCCAAUAAUACUUCUCCCAAUACCAACCAAACUCAAGUACCUGAACCACCAAAACAACAACCAAUCAAUAAUGGGAUUGUUAUUGAAGUCAAUCAUUUGUUUUUCAACCGUACCUUGUAUUUCCAAUUAUCUUUGGAUGCUACCAUUGAACCGUUGGUCACUUGGCUUCGACUUUCUUUCAAUGAUAAUUCAAUCUCAGGAAUGGUAUUACAAUACAAAGGUGUUGAUGGAUUAUGGAAAUGUUUAUUGAAUCGUGAUGAUUCUUUGAAACGAGUGUUAAAACAAGCCUUGAAAACCAAUACGACUUUAUUACAGAUGCGAGUGCCACGUGAACAAGAUUUGUUAAGUUCUGGUUAUACAGAUCGACGGUUAUUGGCCUUGACCAAACCUAGUGUAUGAUAUUCCCCCCUUUUAUUCUUUAUUUGCCAUUUUUUUUUUUAUGAUUCAAUUCGCACUAUUAUUAACUUUUUUUUUUUUUUUU